AUGCACACAAAUGGAGCUUCCAAUUCGCAAGGAGCUGGGAUCAGCGUCGUAUUGGAGGCACCCUCUAGAUUACAAGUUGAGGAAGCCAUACGGUUGGAGCAACACGCCACAAAUAAUGAAGCCGAAUACGAAGCGCUGAUCUAUGGUCUAGAAUUGGCACGAAGCAUGGGCAUCAAACAACUGAGAGUCAGAGGGAAUUCGAAGCUGAUGAUAGAGCAAGUGGCCGAAAAUUUUGACACUAAGGCAUCCCAUUUGACCAACCUGUUGGAAAAAGAAUCUACAUUAAAGUCACAAUUCCAGCAGUUUGAGCUCGUACAAAUACCAAAGGAACUAAAGCAGAGGGUCAGUGCCCUCGCAAAGCAAGCCUUUGUGGGAGAAUGUUCACGACACUCAGCAAUUUCCACAAGUCAUGCACAAGAAGCUGUGAAAAUUUGUUCCAUCUCGCCAAAACCAGAAUGUUGGAUGGACCCAAUUAUCUGCUAUCGGACCAAGUCUGAGCUGUCAGUCAAUGCAAAAGACGCAAAGCUUCUGCGCCUUAAAGCUCAACGCUACUCCAUUAUCCAUGGAACGUUGUAUCACAAAUCCUUUAGCGACCCCUAUCUUCGGUGCUUACAUCCCUCGGAAGCUAAAAGAUUAUUAGAGGAGAUCCACGAAGGAGCAUGUGGGAACCACACAAGGGGACAAAGCUUGGCACACAAAGCACUCACAGCAGGAUAUUACUGGCCAUACAUGAUGAUAGAAGCACGCGACUAUUCAAAAAAAUGUGACAGAUGCCAGCGAUUUACACCUACCAUCCAUCAACCCGCUCAAGUCUUACAUUCCACUAUCGCCCCUUGGCCCUUUGCAAAGUGGGGGAUGGACAUGGUUGGAGAACUGCCUAGAGCUGUUGGAGGAAAAUGGUACGCCUUGUUAGCUACUGAUUACUUCACUAAAUGGGUCGUAGCAGAGGCCUACGUUAUGGUCAGCAAAACAGACACCGUGAGCUUUGUAUGGAAGCACAUCAUCUGCCAAUUUGGGAUCCCAUGGGAAAUAGUCGUGGAUAACGAAACCUCAUCCAAAACGCCAAAGUACAAGAACUGUGUGACUCCUACAAAAUAA